AUGGCUGCCCCGAACUACGCCAAUCCGGACUCCCUCACGGAGCUCUCGACCAUGCUCGAGCGUACGCUCAUCGAUACCGGCCGCCUCUUCAGGAAGCCAGCUUCCAUGCCCUCCAAGACCACGCUGCAGCGGUCCAUCCCCGCUUACUACGCGAGUUUCCAAGAGGCCCUGGACAACCUGUCGGAGCAGAUUUUCAUGGCAAAAGCAUUUCUGGAGAAAGAUUACGAGGCCCUCAAGGCCCAUACGGCACCGCAGCCCAUCGACGAUGUGGCUAUGGGCGAUGCCGAGCCCAAAGUCGAGCUCGAGGCUGAGCCGAUCACUGUCGACGACCACCCGGUCGAACCCAAGCUAGAGAAGCAGUCCCCCGUAGCACCGCCCAUGCCCGAGACUCACGCCGACACCCCCAUUAAAGAAGAAAAAGAAACGGAACCCGUGCCCGAAGAGAUCGACUUUGAUUCCGUGCUCAAUGACAACGCAGGCGGUCCCAAUGACUUUGAUCUCAAUCUGGAUUUCGGGGAUGACGCACUGGGGAAUCAAGCUUUUCUCUCGGGAUCGACAUUCGACAAAGCCAAGCCACCUAGUGGUGGUGGUGGUGGUGAUGGUGGUGGUGAUGGUGGUGGGGAAGGCGGCGUCUUUGACCUGGAGCUGCAGAAGGACGGGGAUGCGGAGAUCAUGGGCGAGUCUAACUUUGAUGACCUGUUCCUCGAGACGGACCAACUCGGGGAGGGCGAUCUGGGGCAGCUGGAGGGCGAUAGCCUAAUGAACCUGAACGAGCUGGACGAUAAUUGGUUUACGUGA